GCUAUCUCAUACAUUCCAAAGCACCUCUAAUCUGCUCUUCUUGAAGACAUAGACUCGUCUGCCCUCGCACCCGAAGUGCUGACAGCGGAUUCUCCGUGAUCGAGCUGACAACGGUCCCAAGGUGCGUACUCUGCUCCCUCACCAUGACUUUUCCGCUAAGUGGUACUUGUAUCAGCGCAUUGCAAUUCGUCCAAUACGUCUCGUGUACGCCGAUCUCUCGACACAACGCAAGAAACGACGAUCGGCACGCGCCAUACCCCACGCCCCCAUUCACGAGCAUCAUCAUGCCCAAGCUACGCGUCCUUCGCCUCGCCGUUGCCGGAUAUACACUCGUCGGCAGCCUCCUGAACUCCAGCUACGCUUUUGCGCUACCAGACCGCUUGCAUCCACCGCAACCUCGUCAGUUUCGGCGUACGUCCCGGCCGUCCAGGUACCGCUCGCACUACCGCGGAUAACACCCAAGGCCUUCGCUCUCGUACAUGAGCGUCAACCAUACGGAGUGCUAUCUCUGGGCCAAUAGCAGCCUCCGCUGGACUCGCCGUUCGGGCUCGCGAACUUCGUCUUCACGUUGGCCUCAUCGACAACGACCGUCGUCG